AUGUCCUUGCGAGCUUGCGAGUUUGAUGUCCUUGCAAUUCUCUCCCUCGCGUGUGCAAUCAGCCAAUGCCAGAUCAAACUACCUGGUGGUGCAUAUGUAGCAAGUACUGCGCCAGCACAAAAACUGCUCUCCGUUCGCGGCCUACAUGGUACCGACACCUUCGCGAAGCUGCCAGUUACUGUAUCUACUAGUGGGCAGUAUGAUAUGCCUGGCACUUCCAAACGGCCUAGUAAUGAGCUAGACAGUGCUGAAUGUGCUUCACCAUCAAAAUGCCAGCAUACUCAGCUCUCCCCUGCACGAUCCCCCACCUCACGACAAUCCCCUACCUCAAGACAAUCCCCUGCACGAUCCCCCACCUCACGACAAUCCCCUACCUCACGACGAUCCCCGACCUCACAACAAUCCCCUACCUCAAGACGAUCCCCUACCUCAAGACGAUCCCCUUACCUCAAGACAAUCCCCUACCUCAAGACAAUCCCCUACCCCUACCUCAAGACAAUCCCCCUACCUCAAGACAAUCCCCUACUUCAAGACAAUCCCCUACCUCACAACAAUCCCCCACCGCAGGAGGCUCCACCUCAGGAGGCCCCGCCGCUGCGACAAGAGCCUCCACCUCAUGGGGACCAACCACAGGAACACCCCGAACGAUCCCCUCUUGCGGACCUUGACUUAGAUGCACUUGCAGCAUCUGCUCGGCUUGACAAUCUCAAGCGUUGA